GAAUUGAUAAUGACCUAUUCGUACCUGAUCAAGCUGAUCGUGAUCGGAGACACCGGCGUGGGCAAGUCCAACCUGCUCAAGCAGUUCACCGUCGGGCAGUUCCAUGAGAAGUAUGUCGCCACUAUUGGUGUUGAGUUUGGGGCCAAGGUACUGCGCAUCCGCGGCUGCAACCUCAAACUGCAGAUCUGGGACACGGCUGGCCAGGAGGCCUUUAUUUCCAUCACCCGGGGGUACUUUCGGGCGGCUAUCGGGGCCCUCGUGGUGUUUGAUGUCACGUCCAGGGACAGCUUUCAGAGUCUAGGCAGGUGGAUCUCCGAGGCCAAUUAGCAUGGCUCUGAGCUGAUGAGCUUCAUCCUGGUGGGCAACAAACUCGACCUGGCCUCGGAGCGGCAGGUCACCAAGGAGGAGGCCGCCCGGUUUGCCUCCGAAAAUAACAUGGCGUACUUCGAGGCGUCGGCCAAGACCGGGCACAACGUGUACGAGAUCGAGGCGGGGCAGAUCGAGCUGGACACGGAGUACGGGGUGCGGACUGGCCCCGAGUACAAGGGCAGCACCGUCGCCUCAACCGAGCUGCAGCUCGGCGAGGGGGAGGGCCGCGCCUCCACCCUGAGCAGGUGCAAAUGCUGA